CCCCCCAUCAAACAUUUUUGAUCCAUUCGAGCCGGAUUGCUCCACCAGUCCCUACCAGAUCACAUCAUGGUUCCUCGUCCACGCAGCGCUCAGGCUUUGGAGAGCAGACGUACUCGAGGUUUAAAUUCCUACCGUUGCCGAGUCUGCCGUGGAAUCCAUCCGCUUCGGAAGUGCCAGAGGUUCCUAAAGCUGAGCGCAGAGAAGCGGCUUCGAGCAGUGCUUGUCAACAAGUACUGCUCAAAUUGUCUCGCUCACGAGCACUCUGACGUGAGUUGUCGCAGUGGCGACAAGUGCAAAACGUGCAGCGGGAAGCACCACACGCUCCUCCAUAUGCACGAGCGCCCUCUGCCGUCGGCUACCAAUCAGCGUUCGCGCCGGCAGAAUCCGCCAACUCGCCAAGCGCUGGCCCCGGCAAGGCGCUCGGCAUCCGCCGCUUCUCAGCAGCGCUCGCGCCGGCAAAAUCCGCCAACUCGCAGAGCGCUUGCCUCUCCGCCGCGCUCAGCCUCCUCGACACCGGCACCGUCACUGGCGUCCAUCCUCCAGCGGCACAGUGUCAACGUCCUGCCGACGGCCAUGGUAAUCCUGGAGACCGGGCUCAAGAAGUUCGACACAGCCGCCCUCAUCGACCCGUGUACGCCGACAAGUUGCAUCGACGCAUCCCUGGCGACUGCGUUCCGCUUGCCGACUACCACCGUCGGCGACGAGCGGAUUUGUACGGCGACGAUUCGGUCGAAGCGCGACGACGACUUCAAGUUGGAGGUGGUCCUGAAGGUGGAGCCAAACGUCCGCAUCCGCACCCCCAUCCGAGAGCUUGCUGACACCGUGGUCAGCAAGUACAGCGACCUCCCGUUGGCCGACGAGCGGUUCUAUCUACCGGCAACCAUCUCCGUGGUCCUGGGUGCAGACGUCUACGGCAAGGUCAUCCGUCCUGGCUUCCACCUGGUCGACGAGGGACUCCCAGUGGCCCAGCGGACGACUUUCGGGUGGAUCCUGUCCGGUGCCUGCAACCAGUCCUAGAUGACACGUGGGGCUUCGUUGCAACGCUAGCGAUUGCAAGGGGAGCGGAAUGUUUACGCCGCUUGCCCCGCUCUUAAAUCCCCCGCUCUUCCAAUGCCCGCUCUUCCCUCGUUGGGAAUGCCUACUUCCAGGCUCUCCCGCUCUCCCGCCUUCCCACGCCCGGGAUCUCUCCACAGCGCUCUGAAGCACAGCGCUCAUUAGUUUUAAGUUCAGUUCUCACUGUAAACUCUUUGAAAUACAUCGCCCGGCCGGUCCGCGCUAAGUACGAAAAGUCAUUGUGUUCUCCUUUCUCUCGCGCUUCGCGAUCGUCGAGUGUUUUCCAUUCUCUCCCCCACAGCUUGCCACCGGCUACCUUGCAACAGCCGCAACGCCGACGAAGCU